CUAACUAACUCCGAAGCGUUUGGCAAUUUUAUGCCGCUCAUACAGGUCGGGCACGGCAUGGCUUUCUCCUUUGGUUUCUCCGAAGACGUAGGCAGCGACAAUGAAGACGCUGCACAGGUCGCACCAAUUGCUAAGCAGAGCGCAGCCAUCAGUCAUCAGGUCCCAGUCCGCGCGCAUAAGCUCGAUGACCUGAUCACGACAUUGCCCGAGCACCUGAGCUACAGCACCGUACGCAUCGAGUCACCCUUAGGCCGGACUGUGUACCUGCCAAGACGCGAGCUGUUCGAUGUUCGCGCGCAGCUAUUGCAAGAAGACUCUUCUACCAACGAUCAAGUUGUAGAACAACUCGACAAAUUUGACCUCCGAUCUGGUGUAUACGAAGGCGGCUUCAAGACUUGGGAAUGCUCGGUAGAUUUGGCCAGUCUCCUGCUCGAUCGCGGACCCCGUAAGGACAUCGAUGAGCUCGUGAAAUGUGAUCAGAUUGUGGAGCUCGGAGCUGGAAGCGCUCUGCCUUCGCUGAUACUGUACCGCCAUGCUCUGCUCAAUUCGAUAAGCGGAUUGACCUUCACCUUGGCAGACUACAACGAAGAAGUCCUUCGACUCAUCACCUUGCCCAACCUCAUCUUGACGUGGGCUGCAAAAACUGAAACUUCAGGAUUCGACUACUCCAGCCAGAAUGCUGUCACAAACGGGGACUUGGAACUGACACCAGAUCUCCUGAACCGCUUCAAAGCCGAUCUAAGCAAUGCCGGAAUAGCAUUGAACUUCGUCUCUGGACCAUGGUCGCCCUCACUAGCAGCUUUGAUUCCGAGCUCUGCCCCAGAUAUGGGACUAGUCGUCCUAGCUGCAGAGACAAUAUACAGCCCAGAGUCAACGGAAACUUUCGCCGACCUACUGGCCAUUCUCCUGAAACGAGUGAAGAUGGCAAAGGCCAUGAUUGGAGCAAAGCGGAUGUAUUUUGGUGUUGGAGGAUCAGUCGAUGGGUUCAAAGAAGCAUGUCGAGACAGACAAGCGGUGGCAUACGAGGUGGAGAACCAUGGCGUGCCGGGACUGGAUGCAGGUGUAGGGCGGGCUUUGCUCGAAGUGCAGAUGUACUGAGGCAGUGACGUUGGCCCCAGUGGGACUAGCGUCGCAGAGGGUACGAUUCGCUUCAGCUGAAGGGGCGAUUGUGUAGAGAAUGUUCGUUGAGAAAUGAUAGCUGUGGGCAGUGAAGAACGAAUUGCCAAAAGGAAAUGUAUCGCUUGUAUCUGUACCACAGCCAAUGAGCUCAACGACCGCAGACUUUUCCAGCGCAUGUUCGUUCUUGGCUGGCGAAGCAAGCAAAGGAGAGCGGUUUCCGAGGAUAC